AGUCGCUCCUUAUCCCUUGCAUAAUAAGAGAAUAGUCUGUGUAUAGACUGUCCACGGAAAACGGGAAGGCAUUGCUUCUUUCUUCACACGUUUAAGGCCACCUGGAGAUAGAAACACGUCUCCUUCCUUAAAAUGCAGACUACACAGAGGAAGUAAAAAUAACGCGGACGUCAUUUUCCUGUGCUGCGGCAGCUAGUGUGAUGCGGUGACGGGUGUUAGAUCGGAUAGAUCAGUGGAGUGUGGAAGGAAACGAUCACAUGGUCCAUAACCUACCCAAUGAGAUGGCAGAAAAUGGGACAGACUGUGAACUACCACAGAGGCGUGUAGGGUCUAAGGAUCAGCAGAACGGGAGCUUUUUGGACUCCUCGUCCCUCAGCGAGAGGAAACGGCGGGAUCGGGAGGAGCGUCUGGCCCUGGUGCUCUGGAGAAAGCCCGUUCUCACCCUGCGCUACUUCCUCCUGGAGACCCUCAUUACCUUAAAAGAGUGGGCCUGGAGACUGUGGCUACGGAGAGGGCUGGUGUUUUUCCUCUUGUUGGUGUUUGUGUUCUUCUCCGUGGCGUAUUCCAUUGAAGGAGCACAUCAGGAGUAUGUGCAGUACUUGGAGAAGAGGUUCCUGUGGUGUGCCUACUGGGUAGGCCUGGGCAUUCUCUCAUCAGUAGGCCUUGGAACUGGCCUACACACCUUCCUGCUUUAUCUGGGCCCUCACAUAGCGUCGGUCACUCUGGCUGCGUACGAGUGCGGCUCCGUCGACUUCCCCGAGCCCCCGUACCCCGAUGAGAUCAUGUGUCCCGAGCACGAGGCCCUGGACGGCAGCAUCUCCCUCUGGACCAUCAUGUCCAAGGUCCGGCUGGAGGCCUGCAUGUGGGGUGCAGGCACUGCCAUUGGGGAGCUGCCUCCAUACUUCAUGGCCCGGGCAGCGAGGUUGUCGGGGGCAGAUCCUGAUGAUGAAGACUAUGAGGAAUUUGAGGAGAUGCUGGAACAGGCAGAGAACGCACAGGACUUUGCCACCAGAGCAAAACUCGCUGUACAAAACAUGGUGCAGAAAGUGGGAUUCUUUGGAAUUCUAGCCUGUGCCUCUAUUCCCAACCCCCUGUUUGAUCUGGCUGGGAUCACAUGCGGACACUUUCUGGUGCCAUUUUGGACCUUUUUUGGCGCAACCCUCAUUGGAAAAGCCGUCAUCAAGAUGCACAUCCAGAAACUGUUCGUGAUCAUAACUUUCAGCAGGCACAUCGUGGAGCAGAUGGUGUCCCUGAUCGGUGCCGUGCCCAGAGUGGGUGCCUCUCUCCAGAAGCCUUUCCGCGAUUACUUGGAGGCUCAGCGCGCAAAACUGCACCACCGAGCCGGAGAGGCAACACCAGCGGGGGAAAACUGGCUGUCCUGGGUGUUUGAGAAAGUGGUGAUCAUCAUGGUGUGCUAUUUUGUUUGCUCCAUCAUAAACUCCAUGGCACAGAGCUAUGCCAAGAGGACCCAGCAGCAGAAGAGCGCCGAGGAGAAGACGCAGUGACAUUCCCCCUCUCGCAGCCCGUUGCCUCCUGCUCUCACUCACAACCCAACCACAAAACUGACUCUUCCAACUCCCUUUUUUUCCUUUUUCAAGAAACUGAAGUUGCGAAUCUGGUAAUAUUUGACGUCUGGGUGUAUUUAUGUUCCGUCUUUUUGGGUUGCCAUUGGGUGUGCGUUACUUGAGAUCUGCUGUAGUACUGAUGUGAAUGAUAUUCUAGUCAUUAAGCAGUUCAUCAGCAGCAGUGUGAAAGCUGGUUGCUGGCACGGGUACUUGUUGUUGCAAGGGCUUAUGCAACAUAGUGAGUGCUGCUUCCAUUGAAGUGAACACAGCUCUUAACCGGCAAACUUGAUUUAUUUUACUUGAUUGCGAUGUGCAACUGUAGAGAUGAGUUUGGCUGAUUUGGAUAGGUGGCGUAUUGUUCUGGUGCGGCUCAUGACCUUUUGAUUUUCAGGGCUUAAAUUCUGUUUUCGAUUAAUUCCAUUUAUGUGUGUCUGUCAUUCUGUUCUUCGGUCAGUCUCAACAGGAUAGCAAUAGAAAAUCGGGCAGACACGGUAUUUAUACAGUUUGCACAUCCUGUAAAUACUUUUGUUCAUGACCGUUCGGUUCAGAUGUUUGAUCAGUGAUAUAACACAUAAUUUUGAACCAAAAAAAAAAGGAAAAAAAAAAGAUAAACUUUAUUCACUCAUUUGUAGUUGUACAUACAGUGCUGCUAUAUUAAUGUCAUUUUUAACCUGUAAAUUUCAACUGAACUUUGGUCAGAAUUUAUAAAAUUGCCUGGAUCAGUCCCUGUCUGGAUUUGUCAGUUUUUUGUUUUUUUUUACAAGCUGUAAUAACAUUAACAAAUAUAUAUAGUAACUUUCAGGAAUUCAAGACUCAAAAUACUUUUUUGAAUAUCCGUUGAAUUUUCAGUGGCUUAACUGGCAGUCGUAUCUCUAGAUUCUUGGGUCCUUGCAGUUCAGCGAUGCACAUAACUGACUUUUAACAGGCAGCAUGGAUAUAUAGUGCUUUCUUUCCCAUUGCAUUAGCAAGGUAAGUGUAAAGUUUGGUGCUUUCCCGUCUUUGCCUGCUCACUGCCAAAACUGUAAUUAUGCAAUUUGGUGAAAUGAAGGCUUGCAUUUGGGGCCUGUUCUCUGCACUGAAUUUCCAAGCUUGUGCCUUUAGUCUUUAGGAGUGGCUGCACCACGUGAUGUCAUCACUACUGUCUGCUUGUUGGAGCAUGACAGUUUUAUGAUCCGAGAUUAGUUUAAUCUUAACUGCUUGUGAAGGGAUCCUUAAGGUAAUGAAGCUAAUGUGUGUUAUUAUUGUGGAAAUCAAAGCAAGGGACUGGUUAAAUUGGGCCUGUGACCUUAAAUGAACCCUCUCAAAGAGCCUGUACUAGUGUUCUCAUACCAAGAGGGGAACACUCCAUUGAUUCAAGCUGUGUGGCUGGGCAAGGAUUUUGCUUACUUUUGACGUGUGUGUAUGUGUGUAUGUGUGUGUGCGCGCGCGAGAGAGAAAUCAACCCACUGUUACUUGCAGCAUGACCAUGGUCUGACCACGGCAUAUACAGAUUUGACUCACUCUCCCGUCCUGUCCGGUAGCUUAUCAGACUGGUGUUGGCUGUUAAGUUGCAUGGCGACAACAGUCUGUAGGCUGCCUGACAUUCUGGGCUCCUUCAUCCUACAAGCUUCUCAUUUUUAAAUUAAAAUGUCACACAAAGUUCCCAUUUCAGCGUCUCGGCUGUUUGUGCUUCUUUCUUUUUGGGUAAUAUUCUGAAGGCUGGAGUUCAAGCGGAACAGUUUUUUUUUUAUUAACUGUGGAUGUAGUGUACCACUGAUUGUGUGCGUGCGUGUGUGUGUGUGUGUGUGUGUGCGUGCGUGCGUGUGUGUGCGUGCGUUCAUCAGUGCGAUUCUAGAGAAUACCUGAAUUGGCUUCCCUUUCAGGCCUCUUCAGCACUUCUGUGGAACACACCAGUCACAUUCUUAGCUUAGCCUAAUUCCCCAUCUCUGCUGGUCUGUGGUUGUUGAGGUGAACACUGCAAGCGCAUGUGUUCUCCUUUCUAACACAUUGUGUACUUUCUGUUCUGUCUCUACUUCAUGUUUUUUUUUUUUUUUUCUUCCCCCUUUUUGGAUUUUCCACUUGUAAUACAUAUCAAGUGACUCUUGGCAUGGCUUUCUGACUGUAAAAUCCUGCAUGAGUGACACAACCUUUGAAGAAAUAUGCUUUAUAUUUUCUGGACAGCAAAGAUGGGGAAACGUUUUGGAGUUGUGAAAAUUGUGGAUGAAUACGGUAUGGUCUGUUUUUUUCUUUGUUUUUGAGUUGGUUAGUUUGGGGAGUGUUUGUCUUGGCAGCUCUCGGCACAUUCUGUUCUACAGCAAAGAUCCCCUCUGUGCCCCUCCUAAUCUGUUCCUGUGCGUGUGUGCAGGCACGUGCGUGCGCGUGCAUGUGUGUGUGAGAGAGCGUUUGUGUUUGAAUGUGCAAAUUUUUGUUGUACCUCCUAAACGCAUUUGCAUACAUCUUCCCCAGAAUAAACAGUUACUCAAUA